AUGAACCGCCUCCGGAUCCGGUCGAUCUACGACCUCCUGGGCGUCGACCCCGCGCUCGACCACAAGCACGUCUACGAGACAUCGUGGCUGCUUCCCCCGCUGGCGCUGGCCUGCCUGCGCGGCCUGAUCGCCCUCUACAUCUUCACCACCAUCUUCACCAUCUGGGGCUGGUACGGCACGCACGGCGAGCGCUACGCGAUCGGCGAGAGCUUCAGCUACUUCACCUGGCUGACCUACUGGGGCAUCGGCUUCUACAUGCUCACCGCCGCCAUCCACACCACCUGCUACGCCUUGGCGGGUCGCUCGGUGCUCUUCGACCGCGGGCCGCGGGCCCUGCGCGCUCUCCACGGCCUCUUCUACACCACCGUCACCACCUAUCCCUUCCUCGUCACCGUCGUCUUCUGGGGGAUCCUCUACUCCCCGCCGUGGUAUACCACCGUCGAGCCUGCUUGGCAGAACAUCUCCCAACACGGCCUCAACUCCCUCUAUGCCCUGCUGGAGAUCCUCCUCGCCACCACUAACCCCCACCCGUUCCUCAGCUUGGCCGUCCUCAUCUUUAUCCUCCUGCUCUACGUCUCGUUGGCCUAUCUCACCUAUCAUACCGAGGGCUUCUACACCUACAGUUUCCUCGACCCCGGCGCCCAUGGCCAGCACAGCGCCAAGGUCACCGGCUACUGCUUCGCCAUCCUCGCAGCGAUUCUAGUGUUCUUUUUCCUGUCGUGGGGCGCCAUCUGGUUGCGGCGCCGGUUGACGCAUGGGAAGGUGAAGCGGUCGGUGCGCGAUUCGGGGAAGGUGGUGGUGGAGGAUGAGCAGCCGGAGGUGGUCGAGGUUUCUAUUUUGCAGGUUUGA